AUGUUCGCGGCAAAGGCACCCAAAGGAAACACGGCUGCUAAGCCAAGGGAAAGGAGCGGGCUUCAAAGUCAGAUCCCAGUCAAUUCCAAGGACAAACUAGUCGAGGAUUCAAUUCUGCCUCGGACACUCAGUCGGGACACGUCGUUUGCCGCACCGUUUGGCACUGAUUCUGAACGUUCAUGGGCACCUCUGACUGGCGAUACCAUCAAUGAGAAUGAAUCGCGUCAUAUCAUGGAGUUCGGUGGCAAUAGCAUAAUUGACGAGGAUUCGAUUUAUUCCAAGAAUGAACGGACUUUGGUCGCAUACUUUGGACCAUUGCCAAGGGAGGUCGAAAGCGCCCUGAACAAAACAGAUUUCUACACGCAGCCCAUGACGGCCAAGAUGGAUCUGGAUUCAGGAUUUGGCAUCGUUAUCUCUCAGACAAAAUGCUAUAUCUGGGCCGUUCAAAAGGAUGCCACGUAUCGGUCGCCACCUAUGUGCAUCGCUUUGCCAAUGCCUCCUAACAGCAACACAUCACCCGAUAAAUCGGUCCUUCUGCCUGCGGUCACCAUCACAAAAUCAGACGAUCAGCACUCGGGCGUCCUAGCAUGCUCUCCAGAUGGGACAUGCUGGUACUGGAACGACAUUGACCUAAGUCUUUCCAACGUGGACCAGCACACGGAUACAAAGAUCAACCUGGUUCAGGACGACUAUAUCUCGCAUGUUGAAUGCGCAGGCCCCAUGGGAUAUUACCUCGGAACGCGAUAUGCGAACGUCUACCAAGCCUCGAUCAGGAAGCAAUUCGGAUCGGUCGCGUUGACAUCGGCACAGUUGCCUGGGAAGAGUGGAGGGGCCAUCGCAUCGAUUUUCAACAUGAUCGGAGUAAUGCAAGGACCGGAUACUUCUCAAAAAAUCACUUCUAUGACAUCGGGACCCAGGAUUCAGGACCCCCAUGGACGAUGGGAUCUGUUUGUAAUGACCCGGAGAUCGCUUUUCAGGUGGCAUCUUUAUCGAUCAGGCGAAUGCACCAUGGAGUCAGAGGUCACACUCAGGGAGCAGAUCACAGAACGCAUUCUUCGGGAUUAUUCUGCUACAUUGCCAAUGGGAAGUGAUCCCAGAGUGCGCUUGUUGGAUAUCGAAUAUACUAAGAACGGCAAGCUGCUUGUCCUAGCAACUUUCUUCGACACUGCCAUCAAGACUGCGGCUUCACCGCUCUCAUGUGCGCUCUUCACCCUAUCUCCGCAGUUUGGCACAACCAUUGAUAUCGAGAGUGUGAAAUAUAUUCAGCGUUCAGUAGAGGAAGAUCUUCGGCCGGAGGCUUCACCUAAGCUCGUUGUGCCCCAUGGAGGACCGGGUGUGUUCAUCAUUAUGCCAAAGGCGGUCAUCAUUACUUCAUCUCUACCCAACUUUGAAUUCGAAGACCUGGUUCCACUCAAGAACGAUAGGAUCAUUGGAUUUGGAACAGAGGAGUGGAAGCAGCGUGGUCAAGAAUUGGGAGACAGCAGUGAGCUCUCCAUUGUGUGUAGGACGAGCGGCCGCCUGGGCAUUCAUAUUCAUCUGGACGGCGUCAGCACACCUUCUUUUUCCUCGGACGAUCCAAGGGCAACACAGGGACUGCUGACGGCGCAGCUACAGGCCAAGUUGGAGCAGGCGGUCUUCUUUGGAGGAAAGAAAAACAAUCCGAUAUCGUUCGAUCUUACACAUUACGAUGGCGGUGAUUUGAACCAGGCCUCGCUCAACGUCAGUCGGGAGAUCUUGAACUCACACGCGACUUUGCUCAACUCUGGCAAGGAUUUGACAGCCAGACUUUCGGAGCGCUACCAGAAGACAAAAGACAUUAUUGAGAGCAUUCGGGCUGCAGGAAUGGCGAGCCGCCUCUCCAUCGAUACACGAUUCAAGCUGUGUUGGAGUGCUGAGAAAUUGGCGGCCGCAAAUGCACUUUGGACUCAGUACCAGCUCAAACUGGCGGCCACGGACAAGAACAAAGCGCCCAAGACAAAUCUCAAGCCAGUGAUGGAUGAUGCCGCAGCGGAAAGUCUGGAAAAAAUCAGAGCCCAUGCCACGGAAGACUCGAUUUCCUUUUUCCUUAAAUACCAUGUCGACAGCUUGGCGGAGCUGCUUUCUCAUCUUCAGAGCUCAGCAAGGAAGCUGUCCCUGGUAUCGGCUGGCCAGCAGGCUGAGCUUACGAGAGAUAUCAAUAGAAUUUUGGUCCUCAGCCUGCGCUCAGCCUGGAGCUAUAGGAAGCAGCAUGUGGAGAUCUAUGCCCUGAAGAACAACAGCAGCAUCGAGCCUUGGACAGCAACGGAGGAUGUGAUCAAGGCUCUCACUGCGCAAUACAUGGCAACACUUUCGAUUUGCAAAUCGGAUCGUGAGUCAGGAAUCGACGCUAUGGACAUGGACGACAGAGGUGGAGCUGGCGGAUCUUCACACUUAAGUUCUGAACUCAAGGAUCAGCUUUGCGAUCUCGCCGAUGUGACAUUACAGGCGCACUCUGAGCGUCUUCAGUAUCUGGAAGGGUUGUCCCAAACAAGUAGUCAUAACAUCGCGAUCGCAGCUGCAGUCAAUACCUAUGAUGAGGCCAAGCUGGAGCUCUUGACGCCACUAGUUGAGCUGAAGAAGACUCAGUCCGCAGUACAGCUCGCUCAGCGCUAUAGAGAUUUCACAACGCUUGUCAAGCUUUCCAUUGGUCAAGAGAGGCAGAUCACAAGCUACAUUGCCAAGUAUCAGCAGGAGUUUGCGAAUGCUUUGUUCCAAUGGUACUAUGACAACGACCAACUUCCAACACUGCUUGAUGUGGGUGAAAAGUAUAGCGACUUAUUCACGGUAUAUCUGGACAGCCGCGAUUACAGCGAGAUAGCAUGGCUGCACGACAUCAAGAUCAGGCGGUAUGUCGUGGCGUCACAGAGGAUUCAGGAUGGAGCAGUGUUGGAGAUGAACGUGGAUCGCCGGAGGACGAUGUUCAGUCUGAGUAAACUCCUCUUCUUGGCGGGCCUUCCUCAACAGGAGCAACAGCAGGAGGGGGGUAUCAAUGCAGAGAACAUGAUGAAGUACGCAAGCAGAAAUAACGAGGAGCUUGAGAUGGCUACGAUCCAGGCGUAUGUCGCAGAUGAGUGGGAGAAGCACGUUGGGGCACUUGCGAGUGUUGACGAGAAGGUCCAGGCAGUCCUCAAGGAGUUCAAAUUGUCAGUACUGGGACAACAACCUAUGCUGCGUGAGGCUCUUUUGAAGUCGGCACAAUCUCUGCUGAAUCGUCAGGCCAUUAGCUCCGAGGAUUUGUUGGACGUUCUCAUGACGCAGCAAAAGCCUGAGAUUGCGAACAUUGACGUAUGUGACGCAUCCCUCGGCAUCUGCCUGCACGCUGCAGACAUCCCUGAGAACCGUCGUCCCUAUGUGCUGCAAGACAUUUGGCGUCGGAUCUUUAUUGCAGGCGAGGAUGGAUACUGGAAGCUGGAAGAAGUAAGCGAUCUGGAAGCCCGGGAGAGAUUACUGAGCUCGUGGAUGGGUAGGGCCUAUGCUGUCAUCUAUCGGGCUGAGGGACACAAGGAUGAGCUGUUGCUGCGCCCUGAGGAUGCGAAAUGUUCGAUGCCAACGGAAUUGUUCCGGGAGCGGUUCAUGAGUGAAGGCGGUAGCAGCGGUGCGCAGAAGAACAUUGAGGCGAUGAUUAAGGACUAUGAGCGAGAAAAUCGAGAGCUGGAGAAACGGAUUCGUGAGGGACAGCUACUUCAGAAAUGGAGCCGUGUCAAGGAGAUUGUUAAGGAAGAAGCUGCCCGGGCAGCAUCUGCUGGCGCUGAUCCGUCGUAUAUGCAGGACGUUGAGAUGUCAGAGUCCUUUGCCUGA